CGAUUUUCAUCACCAAACAUCACCCAACAUCAGCCAUCAAUAUGCCCGUCGUCAAGGGAGGCGUGUGGACCAACAUCGAGGAUGAGAUCCUCAAGGCGUCCGUCAGCAAAUAUGGGUUGAACCAGUGGGCGCGCGUAUCGUCGCUGCUGGCGCGCAAGACGCCGAAGCAGUGCAAAGCCCGUUGGAACGAAUGGCUCGACCCUAGCAUCAAGAAAAUCGAGUGGAGCAAGGAGGAGGAUGAGAAGUUACUGCAUCUCGCCAAGUUGAUGCCCACGCAAUGGCGCACCAUCGCCCCGAUCGUCGGCCGCACCGCCAACCAAUGUCUUGAACGGUACCAACGCCUCCUCGACGAGGCCGAGCAGCGGGAAGGGUCUUCCUUGGGCUUGAUGGGCCCGGAAGGCGGCGAGACUCAAGCACCUUCAGCCGAUGACGUUCGACGUCUGCGCCCAGGCGAAGUCGACCCCGACCCCGAGACGAAGCCCGCCCGGCCCGAUACGAUCGAUCUGGACGAGGAUGAGAAGGAAAUGUUGAGCGAGGCUCGCGCCCGCUUGGCCAACACACAGGGAAAAAAGGCGAAGCGAAAGGCCCGUGAGAGACAGCAGGAAGAGUCCCGACGGCUCGCCGCGUUGCAGAAGCGGCGGGAGCUCAAGACGGCCGGCAUCAACAUCAAGGUUACGACGCGCAAGAAGGGACAGAUGGACUACAAUGCCGAUAUUCCGUUCGAAAAGAAAGCAGUGCCCGGGUUCUACGACACCACCGACGAAAUCUCGCGCAACGAGUUCCAACGGUCCCACUUUGAUCCUAAAAAGCAACAGGUCGGUAACAAGCGCAAGGGUGAGGAGGAUGGUGAUGUCGACCGGAAGCGGAGGAAGAACGAGAAGGAUGGGCCAUCCGCGUCUACCCAGGCCGCUAUCAAAGCAGGCCAGAUGCAGAAAAUCCGCGAAGCCGAACAGAGUAGCAAGCGGAAAGCUCUCUCGCUACCAGCGCCGCAGGUCGGCGAAGGGGAGCUGGAGGAAAUCGUUAAGAUGGGCAUGAUUGGUGAGCGGGCGAGCGCGACGGCCCGUGAUAGCGAGAACGAUGCCACCCGCGGGCUAGUUGGGAACUACUCGGCGCUCAAUACGAACGCGCCGAUCAGGACGCCCCUCGCUCCGGCUCAGGAGGACCACAUUGCGAACGAGAUCCGCAACAUUCGGGCAUUGACGCAGACCCAAUCGUCCCUGCUGGGUGGCGAGAACACCCCCCUUCAUGAAGGAGCUGGGUCGACGGGAUUCGAAUCAGUCGCGCCCCGGAAGCAGGUUGUCGCUACACCAAACCCCUUGGCAACGCCUCUACGGUCCGCUGCGAACGGCGUCGGCGCCACACCGCUUCGACCCGGGCAAACACCGCUCCGCACACCCCGAGAUACCUUUGCCCUAAACGCGGCCGAUAAGGACAUGGACAUGGUCGGGGGAACCCCAGCAGACGUCAGGAUGCGUGACCUAUCCCUUCGCCAUCAACUCAAGCAGAGCCUCGCCGCCUUGCCCAAACCCAAGGAGACGGAGUGGGAGUUGGAGCUGCCGGAGGAUCAACAGGAACCCUUGACGGCGGAGCAAAGGGAGGAGGAUGCCGCGGAACGCGACCGACGGGAACAAGCGAUCCGCGACGCGCAGGAGAUGCUCGAGCGGAAGCGGCGGACGCAAGUGAUGCAGCGAGACCUGCCUCGAGCGGUAUCAGUCGACUACAACGAGCUUGUACGAGCAGCCUCGGAGAUCGAUGACCCAGCGCGGGCUCUUGUUGCACGCGAGGCGGCUCUGCUCAUGGCGCACGACGCGACCAGGUACCCGCUCGCUGGCGCCCCUUCAACCAACCCAAUCCCCCUCCCCCAAAUGGACGACCCUGCACUCGCAGAAGCGCGCCUCAAGGUCCUUCUCGAAAUGAAGGAUCAGCUAAAGCCCGAAGAAAUCGAGGCCGUCUGGAACAAGGAGAACAGCAACUCCCUACUCCUCGGCCUCGGCUGCUACGACGACGACGACGAAGACGACCAGGUCGCCACCAUGAAGACCGCUCUCGACACCGCCCUAGACACCCUCCUCACCUCGGCCGAAAAGGGCAACAAGCUGGAGAAGAAACUGGGCCUGCACCUGGGCGGGUACAGGAACCGCGCCGAGAUGCUGCGCGGCAAGGUCGGCGAGGCGCACGCCGCGCUGGAGAAGGCGCGCGGCGCGCUCGGCGGCUUCCGCAUCCUCGAGGCCAGCGAGCAGCAGGCCAUCCAGCGGCGGCUGGCGGCGCUCCGGACCGAGGUCGCGUUUGUGAGCACGCGCGAGAGGGAGGCGCAGGAGCUGUAUCGUGGGGUGAGGGCCGAGUUGGAGGAGUUGAGGAUUGCGGCUGGGGAGCGGGCGUGAGGG